GGAGGCCUGAGGGCGGCGGGGGCGGAGCGUGCCGCGAGGUGGGGGUAUGUCCGCGGCAGGCGCUGUCUAGGGGGAGGCCGAGCAGUCGCCACCACGCUUUCAGUCGCGGCGGGACGCAAACGAGCCAGGCCGAGGGCCUUGGCGGCGAUGCAGCGACGGCGGCGUGCCCCGCCGUCCGCCUCGCAGCUGCCCGAGGGCUGCGGGGGAGGCGGCGGCGGCAGCGGCGGGAACGAGGAGGUGGAAGUGCAGUUCUCUGCCGGGCGUUUGGGCUCGGCCGCGGCGGUUUCGGCGGCGGCAGCCACGCGCAGCACGGAGGAGGAGGAGGAGAGGCUCGAGCGCGAGCACUUCUGGAAGAUCAUUAAUGCCUUCCGCUACUACGGCACCAGUAUGCAUGAGCGAGUGAACCGAACAGAAAGACAGUUUCGAUCACUUCCAGAUAAUCAACAGAAACUACUUCCUCAGUUUCCUCUUCACUUGGACAAGAUCCGGAAAUGCAUUGAUCAUAAUCAAGAAAUACUACUGACCAUUGUGAAUGAUUGCAUACAUAUGUUUGAAAAUAAAGAAUAUGGAGAAGAUGGGAAUGGAAAAAUUAUGCCAGCAUCUACAUUUGACAUGGAUAAGUUAAAAUCCACAUUGAAACAAUUUGUGAGAGACUGGAGUGAAACUGGGAAAGCAGAGAGGGAUGCCUGCUACCAGCCAAUUAUUAAAGAAAUUUUAAAAAAUUUUUCAAAAGAGAGAUGGGAUCCUUCUAAAGUAAAUAUUCUGGUACCUGGUGCUGGACUAGGAAGAUUGGCCUGGGAAAUAGCUAUGCUAGGUUAUGCUUGUCAAGGAAAUGAAUGGAGUUUUUUUAUGCUCUUUUCUUCCAACUUUGUACUCAACAGAUGUUCUGAAAUUAAUAAAUAUAAACUUUAUCCUUGGAUCCAUCAGUUUAGCAAUAACCGGAGAUCAGCUGAUCAGAUUCGACCCAUCUUUUUCCCUGAUGUUGAUCCCCACAGUCUUCCUCCUGGUUCUAACUUUUCUAUGACAGCAGGAGAUUUUCAGGAGAUUUAUUCAGAAUGCAAUACCUGGGACUGUAUUGCAACCUGUUUCUUCAUAGACACUGCUCACAAUGUAAUUGAUUAUAUUGACACAAUAUGGAAAAUACUCAAGCCAGGUGGAAUUUGGAUAAAUCUUGGUCCUCUUCUGUACCAUUUUGAAAAUCUGGCAAAUGAACUUUCCAUAGAAUUGAGCUAUGAGGAUAUAAAAAAUGUUGUUCUGCAAUAUGGAUUUCAGCUAGAGGUAGAAAAAGAAUCUGUAUUAUCAACAUAUACUGUGAAUGACCUCUCUAUGAUGAAAUACUACUAUGAAUGUGUCUUGUUUGUGGUCCGUAAACCACAAUAAUGGUCUUUUUCUUAUGUGAUAUCACCCGGGAAACAGUUUAGUAAGAGUAAAUGCUGAAAUAAACAACACAAAAUCAACUAUCAGUGAUGACAGGACAUAACCUCAAAUCAGUGGUGCCUUCUUAUUCCUUACAAAAUUUAGAAAUAGUAUCUAUUUUCUUAAUAAUGUCUACUGCUUUUUUCAGAAAUAUACUAAUGCCAUGCAUAUUUGUACUACACAAGUAAAAA